AUGGACAGCUACAGUAACGAUACGCAAAAACCUUUCGCCCUUUACGACCUCUCAGGUAUCUUGCUUGAAAAGGCAGGCGUCGGGCUUGGAAAGCCCGUCUGCAUGUGCUUCUCACUGGGCGUGAUAACGACGGGGGAGAAAUUGGACAUAUGUUGGGGGUUUGAUCUCCAUGGCGCUGUCAUCGCCCAGGGUGGGAGUGGCGUUGUAUAUGGCAGCUGGCGGACCAGCGGCAAGGCUCUUGCUCGUUGUGCGAAUGUCAAUCUCGCGUCGCUGGAAGCGCAAUGGUCUCAAACAGCAGUCAUACCUUCAUACACGGGAGCGGUCCAAACACUCAAUCUGGGCCCUAGUACAGUGACCCAAGUUCAGACGGUCACGAUCACUCCCACCAUUGCAACAUUCAACGUUACUUCAACUACCGUGUUUACUGGUUUCAACGGUCAGAUUGUCACUCAGCCAGUCACGUAUGUGACGACAGCGCCGGUCAUUGGCUCCGGAGGGUCAGCUGGAGGAUCAUCUCAAGGAAAUUCUGACGGCUCGAAGAAAAUUGGACUUGGAGUUGGAUUAGGGCUCGGCAUCCCGGCCCUGGUGGCUAUCUUUGGGCUUUGGCUGUGGGUAGAGGACCGUAAGCAUAGGCGUAUUAUGUCUGUACAGAACGGGGGUAUACCUGGUAGUGGGGGUGCUCCCAUAAACCCAGUUAACCCAAAUCCAAGGUGGUCUCGAAUGUAA